GAUAGUUUCUGCUAGGAAACUUAGGCCAGAACAUACCUCAAACCUCUACUUGCAACCCGUGAGAGAAGGGCUAAGCCAGUGCCAAUCUAGCCUUGGAGACAAGGAUGAGAAGGAUAAUUUCUGCUGUGAUGAUUAUUCUGUUCUGCAUUUCACUAGGUGGCAUAACUAUAAUAUGCAGAUACUGCAAUCUCUCACUCCCCUUCCAUGGCUGCCUUUUGGAUGCUGGCACCUGCAGAGCCAACACUGGUCAAUAUUGUAAAUUUGAGUACCAGGAGCAAGGUGGUGUGAAGUGGUUCACAGUUAAAGGCUGUACUAGUGCCAAAGAGGUUUGUCAUGUAAGGAGAACAAUCGGCAAUACUGUUCGUGUCACCAAAUGCUGCUACCAUGACAUGUGCAAUCUCUGAACCAGAAUUCCCGACUGGAUCAUCUGGGUCAUAGAAGUGAGAUGAUGCCAAUUUACAAGCAGCCUGCCAUUAGGAUAGCAAUGUAUAUGUUUUUCUUGGGGUGAGUUGAUCACAAUCUAGUGGUUGAUCAUAGGACCUGGUAAAUUGUAGAGCACCUGCUGUCACCAUACUUCCCUCUUCUCAUCCUAUGGAAUAGUGGGCUUGGGAAGGAAUGUGCCCAAAGGCUGGCAACACAUUAAUAUUGCUAAAGCUUACUGCAGCCACUCUCCUCACUCCUAUUGGAGGGAUGCCCCAUUGGCAUCCUUAUUACCAGAAAAACAAACAAAAACCCAGUAGCUUCUAUCCAUCCCCACCAUCCUCCUAAAAAGGUAGAUGACUCCUAUCCCAUUACUAGUAUUGGUACAGAUUGUUAUCCUACCAUAUAUUAUUCAAAAUCGUACUCCCCUGGUUUCUUCUUUCAUGUUCAGAAGAGUUCUAAUAGUGGCACACUACAUUAAUAUUAGUAUCCUGAAAGAGUUAAAUUGGUUUUCAAAGUGACCUAAUUUAUUUCUCUUGAAUAGUUUGUACACUUGAGGAAUAUUAAUAUCUUGAAUAUUCCCAAAAAAGAAUAAAGUUUAAGAAAAGGCAAAUUUGUGGACACUAUGAGAUAAAGCUUUAGGAUAGAGGAUUGUCAUUUUCAAACAUGGCUUCUCCCAAUGACAAAAGACUGCAAGACUUUCCUUCUGCAGUGAGAGUCCUAAGCACACAGCAUUUACAUAAAGGUAGGCAGGUGGGGCAAUCCAAAUGAAACUCCUACCUAUAAGAAGUAGAUGAGGAUCUGGCCUGAAAUAAUUUCACAGUUUUUUGGUAAUGCCGAUCAGAGUGCUGCUUUUGUUUAGCGCUUUAUGAAUAUUAUUGUGGGAUGGGGGAGACAAU